AUGAGAAAUUCGAAAAUUACAGCAACAGCUCGUUCUCCCAAAGGACACAGACCGUCGCCGAGUGUCAACUUGCGAGACAAUAAAGGCGGGAAGCAGACGGUAGAGUGUGUGAACAAGGGUCUGAACACUAUCCCCCCUGGCAUUGACCCCGGUACGCAGGUGCUCGACAUGACGGGGAAUUCUCUAGUCAUCCUUUCGCAUGAGAAGUUUAAGGUGAUGAAGCUGACGAACCUGCAGCGCAUCUAUGUGUCACGGUGCAAGUUGGUGCAGCUGGACGACGCCGCUUUCCGGGGCCUCACGAAUCUGGUGGAGCUGGACCUGAGCAAUAAUGAGCUGACUUUGGUCCCUGCGGCGGCCCUGGAGCACGUCCCGGGCCUCAUGCGACUCCAGCUGUCCAACAAUCCUAUCACCAAGAUCAAGGACGGCUCAUUCAAGAGCCUGAAGUAUCUCAGUACUUUGGAAAUGACGUCUUGCGCGAUACAAACGCUGGAGCCCCGAGCCUUUCAGGGUCUCGACCAGCUGGAGUGGCUCAAGCUGGAUGCCAACCAGCUGCAGUCCAUACCGCACAAGAUGAUGCUGCCCAAAUCCCUGCACGGCAUUGACCUUCACAACAAUCUUUGGAAGUGUGACUGUCACCUGCUGCAGCUGCGAACGUGGCUCGUCAAAUACAACGUCCCAUCGUCCAUUGAGCCCAAGUGCUCGUCGCCCCCGAGGCUGCAAAGGGAAGUCAUCAAGAACGUCCAUCCAGACGAAUUUGCAUGUCCUCCGGAAGUCAGACCCACUUCCUUUUACUUGGACACCAUGGAGGGUAAAAAUGUGUCGUUCGAGUGUCAUGUGACGGCCGAGCCUGCAGCUCGUAUUUUCUGGAGGUUUAAUGGCCAGUCACUAGAAAAUAGUUCCUUUGCAUAUGAUGAGAGUUCGUCUUUUUAUAUAUUUGAAGAAAGUGGCACUAACGACGAUCGAGUCAGUCACCUUCGGAUCGAGUGGGUGACGGAGGCCCACGCCGGAGUGUUCCAGUGUUUAGCAGAGAAUCAGGCAGGACUUGUCAUCUCGAAUUUCACGCUAAGGAUCAGUCAGCCGAUAGUGGAACCUGUAGAAGAGAACUUUGUCGUGGACUACAUGAUGUAUAUAGGGGUCGCCCUCGUAUCUCUUGUAGCUUUAGUCAUCAUUCUUUUAUGCGUCCUCAUCAUCCGUUGUUGUCGCCGACGAUCAACAACCCAUGAGAAAGUUACUGGGUCUCCUGGUGUGUCAGGUAAUGGCCGCCCUAAAGAAGGGCAAGCUCCAACGACUAAUAACAUGCCCAAGUAUAUUCAGAUGGGCACUCCAGCCCCCAAGGUCAACGGCAUAUCUUCUGAUCCUCCUCCUAUCUCUGUGAUCGACUCCUCACCGUACCGCUCUGAGCCCACCGGUGCUCCAGCCCACCCGAACCCCGAUCUGAUAUCAGACGCUGCAGACGACCGCGGGAAGCCCACCAAGAAGCGAGUCAGCAUUCUCGGGGUAGAGGAGGUAGAUGCAUGCGGUCAGAGAACCACGCGGAAGCUUGACGAUAUCAUUGAGGAGUUUGAGGAUGGUUAUGAUCCGACAUACGACCAGCUCCAUCCUCCAAGCGACCAUGAGAACCAUCACUCCAACCAUUCCAACCCGUACUCGACCAUCCCACGUCGAAGGGACCCGGAGCCCACGAACCCAUACCCACUUACUGAGAUUCCACCUCCGGAGGAGAUGAACCAAGGUUCUCGCUUCUAUGACGUUGAUGGAUUCCCAGUAGACUAUGGGUUACCUCGUAAUGGAAACGGUAAUGGCAAUGGUCAAGGGUUGUCUUCGAGUUAUAAUUCAUUGCCGACGGAUACGAUACCCGUCUAUGCGACUGCUAGACGCACAAGACCCGGCAGUGCCCCUCGACCUGAGCUCAUGCACGACCAGAAGUAUCCUGAGGAGUACCGCCUACAUAGCCACGACCCGCACUAUCACCCUCCAGAUGGCCGAUACCCUCAGGCCUAUGGGCUGGUUCCAGAGAAAUUCAGCGACCCUACCAAUGGAUCCUGUGAGUUCUGCCCACCGCCUCCUGUGCAUCCCGAUUUCACCACCGAACCAGGAGGAAGAAUCGGGGGCGACGGCUGCAGCUUUGACAAUCUCCUCUCGUCAUGUGGAGGGGGGAGUCAGUGUUGCUAUGCGGAGCAGAGCGGACGACUCUAUGACAAUUCCCUCCCCGAGAACUACCGACCUCUUGAUCCUGAGCCACCACCACCUGAGGGCUGGGGCGAUCAGGACCAGGAGACCGUCAACCUGAGCACCUGGUGUGAGCACCCAGAGUCUCCGGGCACUCGAGUUCUCUACUCUCCGGAUGAAACGUACCCCGACCAGCAACCUCCACAGGGCACCCAAGUGUGAAGCAGAAACUGGUGAUUAUAAACACAUUGUUCCAGCAUAAAAAAGUGAAAUGAUUUAGUCUUGAGAUGCAAAGACUCUACGGAAGCACUUAAGAAAUUGGCAAAUCAUAUCUGAGAAAUGGCUGUAAAAGUAUCACUUACUGAAAUGUGAUCAACACUUAGACUUCAUUGUAAAGUGUUUUAAGGACACAUACACUGGGACGAAAGCACAGGGUUUGUAGUGUUAACUUGAAGACAAUUUAUACUGCUGACGCCAAAGAGGAACAGAAAAGUUUGUGUUUUCUGUGAGAAGUUGGAUACUGUUGAGACGUGUAAAUAUUGUAUUAGGGCAGAUAAGAUAAACUAUGGAAGUGUGAUAAAUGACUUCGAUUGCAGAAAGAAAAUUCUACAGUAGGAGCUCAUUCCUUUAUAUAUCUGCUAUCAGUGUACAGAAUGAUCUAUUUUGUAUGAAUUUUCUGUAGGUAAAAGUUUUGUAUAUACCAAAGAGAUAUUUGAGGUGUUUUAUGCGAGAAAAAAAUAAAUAUCAUUUCAUUUUUAAGAAGAUAAAUCAUGAGAUGUUUGGCGUUAUGUGAUUUGGAAUGGGACUGGAACUUAGAGUUUUUGCUUACUGGCAGAUAUUGCAAUGAGAAUGUUUACCCUGAAAGUUCCCAUUGCAACAUUCAACAAGAAGGUAUUGUUGGUUUCUUCAGAUUUGUGAUUAAAUGAAGAUCUGAAUUUGCUUAAGAUCUGAGUCUCCUUAAGAAAAUACAAAAAGGGUAACUUUAGUUCUGUUAUUUUUUUUAUUUACUACACAUGGUGGUAAUAAUAUCCUUACAUUUAACAAAUUAAUUAGGCAUUUAUCUACCGUAAA